AAUGUCUCUGGAUCAGACCACCAGGGACCACGUCGAGGAGAAGGCCUUCUCGGCCUCCUCCGCCGACGGGCCCUACGGCCAGAUGUGUUUCCUCGAAGUGCCGGUCUCGGACCCGGCCCGCGCGGCGGCGUUUUACACGGCAGUGCUCGGGUGGGAAUGCGCCGAUGCCGGGAUGCCGUCGCCGACGCCGGGGAUCAAGACGGUGCACUUCUUCAACAAGGGCGACCUGCACGGCGGGUUCCUCGCGAUGGAGGACGGGAACCAUGUGACAACAGGCAACGACGCGGCGAGGCCGGCGCGCAUGGCGGUGCUCCCGACGUUCUGCAUACGGGAUAUUGAGGCAACCGUCGUCGAGGUCGAGAGGUUGGGCGGCAGGGUCCACGUGCCCAAGACGGAGAUUGGCGGCGGGAUGGGUUUCUUUUGUCGCAUCAUCGACUGCGAGGGAAACAUGGUCGGGAUUUGGGCGCAAGAGUGAGGGUUCAGUUGCUUGUAGGUUCCGAGGGCGCUAUUACCACCUACGCCCGGGCGAAUGACUUCGUGGGAAGAAGUCUCUGGGAAUUUCUUGAGCCGGAAGUAGUAGACGUCUGAUCCGAAUUCGAGUUGUUGUCCAGCCCAGCAUCAUGUUGCCGCAGCUGAGGCCCCUUCUCAUCUUGUCAUCCUGACCACGGUUAAACAUGGAAGCUCGCUCGGUUGGAUCCCGCGUGGCC